AUGGCGCGCAGUGCCGCGGCCGAAAUGCACUCUGGUUUCGCGACGCUGCGAAACACAUACCCCACAAACUUCAUAGUGCAGUAUACGGGCAAUAUUCCCGUGCCUGAGACCGCGAAGAAAGAUAUCCAGCGUCUGUUUACGAUCUGGGAUAAUGCGCGACAGGCAGCGAAGACGCGGCUGGCUGAGCUGGGCGAGAAGGACGACGGGUUCCUGUUUGGGGGGUUCAGUAUUGCGGAUGCGUUCUUCUGGCCGGUGCUCUGGCGCUUCCGCACGUACAAUCUCCCUCUCGAGGGCGCCAGCGCUGAUGUGGUGAAGUGGAUGGAGACGAUGUGGAAUGACCCUGCCAUGCAGAAGUUGGCGUACAAGUAUUAUCGUCAGGCGGAGCUCCCGGAGACUCAUAUGGAGCGGUAUGAGAAUAUCUUCCUUGAUCGUGAUGAUAUCCAGUAUGGAAGGUUUCCGGAGGAUUGGAAGUUUACUGUCCCUGGAAGGUCGUGA